GGUGGCACAACCUUGAAUUAUGAUUCAAGGGGAUGCUAGAGUAACAGGCAAACAGUUGUGUGGCCACCAGCUCUAGCACUGGUUAGUACAACUGGUACUUUGGGCAUUUGUUUUGCAUUUUACGGCUGUUCCCCAUCCACCCCCGGACAUAUUUUUUGACCAGUGAUUACCAGGAUAACUACCGUUACUCAUACCUUUGGAUGUAGAUCAUAUUGUGUUUAAGGUUAAAAAGGUUUUAGAAUCAAAUUAUACUCUUCGUGAGGCUGAGAUUUGGAAUCUAGGGGCACCAACUCUAUUUUGACACUUACCAUGAAAACGGGUUGCCUAUAUGAUAGUUCCCAUGAAUGUAAAUAGAGAGCAGGUGAUAAGGAGUUAUGGAUGUGGUAAACUGAUGUGUCAACGUUAGGCUUAUCUGGACAAGGGGUGGAAGGAGGUCCUGAGUCCUGGUAUCCAGCAUUAGAAUAAUCCAGUGUGCCAUCAGGGUUUAGAAAGUGAAACUAAGGCACUUAGGUCACCUGAAAACGGUGAAAGUUAUGGUUGAACUAGCCACUGGGGCUGUCCCAUGAACAAUGAUCAUUCUUAUUUCUAUGCCCUCAACAGCUGCAGAGGCUAAAAUCCACACACAGAAGUUCUGUUAAAGAGGCAGGAGCAGGGCACGCUGUUUCUUUUUCGACAUGACAGAAGGAUUUUAGGUUAAGGAUGCAAGAUUAUAUGGCUGCAUACCCAGAGGGUUUGGAAAGGCCCGCUCUGGUUACAGGGUAGAGUUGUGGGUACUGUAUAAUUGAAUGCCCUUUCCCCAAAGGCCAUGGCAGGUUCCCAGGUCCUCUGCUUGGAGAGCGAAGAGCCGUAUGCUAAAGUAACGGAAUCGAACCCUGAAUUUUAUUAUUGUGAGGGUCAGCGGGUAGCUCUCGAAGCGCUGCUUGCUAAAGGCGAAGAGGCGUUUAAGGAGUGCGUCUCCCAGGAAAAGCUGCGCCCCUUUCUGUCAGAUGGAGAGCUGCAGGAACUGAAGGCAGCUGCAGAAGACUCGCGGGCUCCCCCGCCAGGUGGAACUGGCAAUGGUGGCCACGGGGGCAAGGGAUCAAGCCUCAGCUACUGGCCUGGACGUUCGGACGAGCCUACUCCAGAGCUGGAGCUAGGGUGGCCGGAGAACAGCGUUUGGAAAGGGAUUACCCGUGUGGAGGUCUAUACGCACCCACCAGGAGAGGGAGCGCCCCACAUCAAGGAGCUGGUGCGAAGAUACAUCCAGCAAGCCAACAAGGUGAUUGCCAUUGUCAUGGAUGCUUUCACGGACCCCGACAUCCUCUUAGAUCUGUAUGAUGCAGCACUCAGGCGCCGAAUCCCCGUCUACAUCAUUCUCAGCAGAGAGCAUCUUGCCUCCUUCCUCACCAUGGCUGAGAAAACGUGCCUUAAUGUCCGUCACACAGAGAAUCUGAGAGUCCGAGUCAUCCGGGGUUGUACUUUUCAAAGCAGACAGCAGAAGCAGGUCACAGGGACCGUGAAGGAGAAAUUUGUCCUGGUUGAUGGGGAAGUCGUGAUCACUGGCAGCUACAGCUUCACGUGGACAGAUGCUCGCUUGAACCGCCAGCUGGUCACUCAGCUUACAGGAGAAGUGACAGGGGCAUUUGACCGGGAGUUCCGCAUCUUAUAUGCCGCCUCUUGUCCCCUGCCAGCCCUAGAAAUUUCACCUAGACUCCAGCCUGCUUCGAGCCUGGCUCCAUUACCAAGUACCAAUGGGCCAGAUAUCACUCCGUACGUCAGCGUCCUGGAUGGGGUGCAGCUGUCCAACCGCAUUGCAGAGCGACGCUCCGUGGCCCCUCAACCCGUGGCCAAGAGCCACGCUGGAGAGUGGGAGUUAGUAUUGGCCUCCCCUGCUACAGCGGAAGACCCUGUGCUACCCACCCCACCUCCAGAGGUGUCUAUUCGAAACAGACUGGCAGCAUGGCGUGGCACAGACCUUUCAGGAGGGGGCCUGCACGGAUCCCCCGAUGGGCAGAAUGCUCUUAGCGAUAUACUUAGGAACGUACAGCGGACUCAGCGUUCAGCAGCCAAGACCACAGGGGCUCGCGCUAGUAAGUCCCUGUGGGACCUCAGCCAGAUCUCCGGAACCAGCACAACAGGAAGGGGAUGGAAUGGGAUAGACUCAGCAGAAGAAGCUAAGAAAUGGGGUUACCAGGACACACCAGCAAGAGAGCUGAUGAAACAGCGAGGGACUGGCUAUGCCCCAGAAGAACCAAGGAUGCCCGUUUACCUGGCACCUGGGCGUAUGACCCCUUCCUCUGGCUACUUGCCUCUAGGAAGACUACAAGGACAGCUGUAUCAUAAUCCUGCCAGUACAGGUCUAUCCCGGGCUUGGCCACACCCAGGACAAUUCCAGUACGGCCAUCAGCUACGAUACUGAAACCUCUCUGAAAAUCUCAAGGCAGGAAAAAAAAAUACUGGGAGGAUAAUCUGGAACAGACUGGAAUAUUUCCUAGAGUUUAUAGAGAGAUUAUUCAUGUGACAGGACAAAAUAGUCAGGGAUGGCUAUAAGACUGGUUUCUAGCUUUUAAUAAAAUAUACUAGGAGACUUUUCU